AUUUUGUGCCCCGUUUGACAGACUAAGCACUUGUUGUACUGUCCCCCAGGUUCAGGUUCAGUGGUCGUAUUCUUGGCCUUGCUCUCAUCCAUCAGUACCUUCUUGACGCUUUCUUCACGAGGCCGUUCUACAAAGCGCUACUAAGGCUGCCAUGUGAUUUAAGUGACUUGGAGUACCUGGAUGAAGAGUUCCAUCAGAGUUUGCAGUGGAUGAAGGACAAUAACAUCACAGAUAUCCUGGAUCUCACCUUCACAGUGAACGAGGAGGUGUUUGGACAGGUAACAGAAAGAGAAUUGAAAUCUGGAGGGGCAAAUACAGCAGUGACAGAGAAGAACAAAAAGGAGUACAUAGAGAGAAUGGUUAAAUGGCGUGUCGAACGAGGAGUUGUUCAGCAAACAGAGGCCUUGGUCCGUGGCUUCUACGAAGUCGUCGACUCCCGGCUUGUCUCCGUUUUUGAUGCCAGGGAACUGGAGCUGGUUAUUGCUGGCACUGCAGAAAUAGAUCUCAAUGACUGGCGUAACAACACAGAAUAUCGUGGAGGUUACCAUGAUGGACACAUAGUCAUACGGUGGUUCUGGGCAGCAGUGGAGAGGUUCAACAACGAGCAGAGGCUGCGGCUGCUGCAGUUCGUCACGGGAACAUCGAGCGUGCCCUACGAGGGCUUUGCGGCGCUCCGGGGCAGCAACGGGCUGCGGCGCUUCUGUAUAGAGAAAUGGGGGAAAAUAACAUCCCUCCCAAGGGCACACACAUGUUUCAACCGUUUGGAUCUUCCACCUUAUCCCUCAUAUUCUAUGCUGUAUGAAAAGCUGUUGACAGCUGUUGAAGAAACUAGUACCUUUGGACUUGAAUGAGGGAGUUCAGGCACUUCUGGUGUUUUUCUGGCUGAUGAUGUCACCUUUCCUUUCCACCAUCGUUUGAUCUUGAUUUCCCAUGGUUUUAUUUUUGAAAACAAACAAAAAAAAUCAAGAUUGAUAAAAGCUGUGCAUGAAGAACUGCCGCCCUCUAAGAUCUAACCUUCAUGCUUUCAUCCUCUGUUUCCAAUGGACUGCUAGUCUGUAUGCAAUAGAAAAACAACUGUCUCAAGGUCUCUGUAUAUCUCUACAUACCUCCAUUAAUAACAAUGAAAAUACAAAUGCAAGUUACGCUACACUUGACCAAAUGUUAAUAAAUGUUUACUUCCAUCUACGUUGAUUAAAAAAUAAAAAGAAAAACCCUCAUCAAGCAUUCCAAGCUUUUAUAUGCCCCAUCUUCUAAAUCAAACCACAGUCGAUCUUACUUCUUACCAGUUGAAUCCAGUACUAGGAGCUGGUCAAAUAUAUCUUUCAUCCAUCCUUGUUCUCCCUGUAUAUAUUGUCCAUCUGAAAGACAACUGUGAGCAAAACUGAUUUUUUAUAUACAAACUCAUGAUCCAUAUCAGUUGCAUCAGCUGGAACUGGCCCAGAUACACGGUGCAGAUAAGACCUUCAAAAACUAAAAACCAACCUGUAACGCAAUGAAUGCAAAGCAUAACAACUGUUGUUAUGAUUGUUUCUUGCAAGUGCUGGAGAGAAUUUGCACUUCAGAGAUAUUGGAGGGGCAUCUCUGUUGUAAUGUUUACCACACAAGAAGCACAAGGUUGUGCACACUCAAGAAGGAUGUGUUAUUAUGUAGCAUAAAGGACAAGGCUCUCUUUCC